GGCACAUCCAUGUCUGAUCAAAUUGGCGGCCUUUAUGUAGACGUUCAAACACCAAAGAGCAACUCCGCCAGGCUUAUUAGGUCUGGUUGACAGUAAACAGUGUCUGCUUUUCUGGUUUUUAAACCUUCACAAAAACACAGCCAGUUGUAAGAAGAUUGGAUCUACAGUUUUACAUCUGAAGCAAAGCCCUUGUGGCUUUUCUUUUCUUUUCUUUUCUUGAAUUAUUAGCGGACUUAUACCUUCAUAAGAUAGUAAGGAAUUUAAUACCUUGGCAUUUAGCACUAUUGGCUCUACUUUUCAUCUUCUACAAUGUCAUCUUAGUUACUGUUUGGACUUAGUACGUAAAGGCUCUCUUUUUACCAGACUGGAGAGAUGUGUAGGACACUGGCUCAGAUCCUGGGCCUGCUGCUCUGCAUAGUGGGCUGGGGCUUUGUGGCUUGCACCCUUGCCAUGGACCACUGGAGGGUGGCCCAGCUGGGGGGUCCAGGGUGCUCCACUGUAGUGACAGCUUGGUACUGGUCUGACCUGUGGAGGGACUGCUAUGAAGACUCCACGGCUCUGGUGAACUGUGUAGACUUCCAAGUGUUGUGGACGGUCAAAACAUACAUCCGGGCAGUCAGGGGGCUCCUGAUGAUUGGCCUUUGCCUCGGCUUCAUUGGCACAGUGCUCACAUGUUACGGGAUUGAGUGCACACACACCGGUGGAGACCAGAGCAGUUACGACAGGAUGCUAAUAACAGCGUCUGCUUUCCACCUGGUCGGCUGCACAUCAGACAUGGCUGGUUACUGUUUAUACAUAAACAGAGUGGUUGCUGAGUUUUUACACAGCAAAGCAGAUCCAUCAAAAAUGAGAUAUGAAAUUGGACUCCCUCUAUACCUUGGCCUGGUAGGGAGUUUACUCAUUCUACUUGGCUGUACAAUUCACGGUGCAACUGUAUGCAGAGUUAACCACCCAAGCAGAUAUCCCAUGGUUCCAUUUUUAAGGGAAAAGUAGAAGAAAAAUAACACAUCUGUGGACGAUCAAGACUGUCAAAUGACCUGAGAACGGCUUCUCCCUACAAGAUGGCUUUAGUUGUGGUUAUGCAACGCUUUAGAUUCAUUUCAAUUGUCCAGCUCACCCAGCAAUUAAUCAAUAAAGAAUAUAUAUACAUGUA